AUGAGUAACAGAGCGGCUCAAGCUUGCGAUGGAUGCAGGGUGCGCAAGGUGAAAUGCAACAGCAAUCAGCCUUGUUCUCAAUGCUCACACCUGGGCCUUGGGUGCAUCUACUCGCCGUCGACCAAGCGCAAGCCAAGCGAUGAUGCGUCUCCCGCCGGCGUUGGGCUUGCAGCUGGAAGAGGCAAUAUCAAUCGCACCGGCGCCGUGGCACCAGGUUACCCCCGACCUAGCCUUGCGGCAGCACCAGCCUCGGAACCAUUCGUUUUCACGGCGGGCUUCUUCAUCGGCAUGCUUCCCAAGUACGAAGAGCAGGUGUAUCCGGGCAGCCCCAUCAUCACCAGCUAUGAGGUGCGCCGGGCCAUUGAUAACAUGCACGUCAGCCUCGAAGACGCCGCCUUUGUCUACGCAACGGGUGCCGUGACGAUCAACCUCACGACUCCCACGGUGCAUGGCGAGGCGGGAGCCAGAAUGACGGAGCUGAUUCGACUCAGCCUCAGCGCGCAUCGACGGGCAGAAUCCAUGUCGGACGUCAGGAACGGGAGGUUGACAGAGGUGCGGACCACUUUGAAGCGCAUUAUGACGUGCAUCUUCCUCGAGGUGUCCAUGAUGGCCUUCAACCGCUUCGACCGCAGCUUCGCCACGCUGCGCGAGGCCAUGACCAUGGUGCAGAUGAUCCACGUCCAGCAGUGCUCACACAAUGCAAUGCCCCUCGAGCCGCGCGACGUGCCCAAGUUCCAGCGCGUGUACUGGGAGGUCUUCAUCCACGAACGCUUCCUGACCAUCCUCUCCGGGUUCCCGUGCAGCAUGGCGCCGCUGCCUACGGGGUUACCGAUGCGGGACACGUUGAUUCCGGCUCACAUCGACGUCGGAUUCAACCGCCUUAUCCGCCUCUUUCAGAUCAUGGACGGGCCCUUUCUGCUGUACUGGAACGCGCAGCAGAACCCGGCGCAGCCCAUGCCGGGGGUGUCGCUGCAGUGGAUCGAGAGCAAGCAGGCUCAGCUGGACCAGGACGAAAUCGGAGCUUCCGAGGCCGAACAGGCGCUGAUUGAGAGCGGCCGAGGGUCGUUCACGGAGCUGCAGCACGUCGACUUGUUUGUCACCAGGCUCUGGAUGCGCACGCUGCUUUGGCAGUUUGGCCUCACCCACGGCUUUCUUCGCUCGGCCCCGUCACAGAACAUCCACGAGGGCUUGUCCAUCCACUUCCCAGCGCACAGGCUGUCUGUGCAGUUGCGAGCCCUGGUAAGCCAGCUCGAGAACGUAUCCACCAUUGUCACACACGGCAUGGGGCUCCUGCAGAAGAUCUUUGAGAUCACGAGCACUGUGGCGGAUGUGCUUGCGCUGCCGCUGAGCUAUGGCCAGACGCAAGAGGACAUGCGGAGCCGGAUAGAAGACUUUGUUUUCUUGGUCAAGUUCCUGUUUAGCUUCGAGAGGGCCGAGCAGGAGCAGCGAGACUACCUGCGGCACAAGCUUGACGUGCUCCAGCAGCAGUACACCAUGGUGAACUUUGCGGACAUGGUCGGACUGAGCCCGACUGUGCACGCUCCGUAUCGAGUCUGA